UUAUUUUAUGAGGGGAAUGCGAAAUAUGUGGAUUUCACAUCCUUAUAUCCUUGGGUAUUUAUUUUUGACUUUUUUUUCUGACGAGUGAAUUUUCUUUUAACUAUUUUGUUUUCAGCAAUAAUUUAUGUUUUUUUGUUUUGUAUUUUUUGCAGGUAAAUAAAUACUGCAUGUACCCUGUAGGCCAUCCCACUAUAAUAACAGGACAGGUAGAGAAAAUUGACGACUAUUUUGGUCUCGUUUUCUGUAAAGUAGUUCCACCACGGGGACUUUACCUACCCGUUUUGCCCUAUAGGUGUAGGGGAAAGCUGAUGUUCCCACUAUGUAAAACGUGUGCCUUGGAAGCCCAGCAAACUCCUUGCAGGCACACUGAUGAGGAGCGUGCACUCAUUGGUACAUGGGUGACGGAAGAAGUGAAACUUGCUCAGGAAAAGGGUUACAAAGUAACCCAAAUUUAUGAGAUUUAUCACUUUGAGAGGAAAAGUGAUCAGCUCUUCCGAUCUUACAUAGACGUUUUUCUCAAGUUAAAGCAGGAAAGCAGUGGAUGGCCAAAGGAAUGCCAGACUGAUGAAGAAAAGGCUGCAUAUAUUCAUCAGUACAGGGAGAAGGAAGGGAUUUCUUUGGAUCCUGCACGUAUAGCUAUAAACCCCGGAAAACGUCAGGUGGCCAAGCUAGCACUGAAUAGCUUUUGGGGAAGGUGGGGGAUGAACUGUAAUAAAGGCCAAUUGAGCUAUGUUAAUGAUCUACCGAAGUUCAAUAAACUUCUCAUAGAUUCAACUAAAGUGAUCAAAGAUGUCUAUUUUCCCAAUGAUGUAGUAGCAGCUGUACAUUGGGAAACAUCAAAAGAGUUUGUGAAGCAGGACGCUUCCACAAAUAUCUUCAUUGCAGCCUUCACCACAGCUUGGGCAAGAAUGAAGCUGUAUGGAGAAAUGGAUAAGUUGAAGGAAGCCGUCCUGUAUCAUGAUACGGACUCGAUAAUUUUUUCCCAGACGACCAGUUAUAAUCCUCCUCUAGGGAACUUCCUAGGGGAGUUCACUGAUGAAUUGAAUGGUGAUGUGAUAACAACUUUUGUUUCUGGUGGACCGAAGAAUUAUGCUUUCGAGACUAAUUCAGGGAGAACGUGCUGUAAGAUUAGAGGGUUCACACUGAACUUUAGGAACAGCAGAAAAUUGAACUUCCCUUCAAUGAAGGAUAUUAUAUUGAACAGAGGAGUCAGCUCUAUUUCCUUGGACAACCCAGCGAAAAUCUGCAGGGAUAGGAAAAGAAGGAAAGUCUUAAACAAACCAGAAAGCAAACUUUAUCAAAUGGUCUACGACAAGCGUGUCAUACAAGACGACUUAACAACCCUACCGUAUGGCUACUGA